AUGGAGGAUUACUCCAGCAUUCAUACCUACUCCCCAGACAUAGACUUUUAUUAUGUCUUUGCCCCAUUUGUCACUUACUUUUAUCGUGGAGAAACUGGAUUUAUCAUAAAAGUGGUGACAUGCAUUAUCAUUUGUAUCGGCCUUCCUUUGACCCUCAUGGCCAUCUACGCUCUUUUUUCUCAGGUGCGAAAUGAUCAUGUUGCUCCAAUCUACGUCAGCAACCUUCUCAUUUCUGACCUCAUUCAACUCUGCUGCUUGAUCGCUGAGGUGGCACAACCUAAAGACCGCAAGAUCGUUGAUGUCUUCACAUAUAUUUACUACUUUUGUGUGGGGGCCAGUGGUGGCUUCAUGGUGUGCAUCGCUCUGGAAAGGUAUUUGGUUAUCGCAUGUCCACUGUGGUACCGCUUCAGACGAACCAUCAAGAUCUCUGUGGUGGUUUGUGUCAUGGUCUGGGUCCUUCCUUUUGCCUUUCUCCUCCCUUUAUUUUUCUGCAAAGAUGAGAAGGUUCAAGAAAUCAUCGUCACCAUCUUUUGCUUCCUUCCCCUCCCACUGCUCAUAUUCUUCCUGGGUGGGACCCUUAAAGCCCUGUCAGCUUCCAUCUCUGUCCCUUCUGAUGAAAAACGACGAAUUGUAGGAAUGUUGGUCCUGGUGCUGCUCAUUUACAUGCUGUUCUUCCUGCCCAGCAUCAUUUUGUUAUUGGUAUAUGAAGCCAGAUCUAACGAUACCCUCAGAAGCCUGUUUCCUGUGUUUCUUAGGUUGAAUCCUGUUGCAGACCUAUUUCUGUAUGUUUUCAUGAGGAAAGGGACCAUUGACAAGCUUUUGGCCUCUGUGUGUUGUUGCAGAAUGGACAGCAGUGAUAUCAGCAGUCCAGCAGUAGAAAUGAACACAUGUCCACAGUCAGCUAUAGGGGGAGAGGGAGAGAGAGAAAGAGAGACAAUAGAGGGAGACGUGUAG